UCAAAUAAUCCAAAAUCAAGAUGGUUAAAUUCGGAGAAUUGAGAAUUCAGCAAUUAAAAAAGGAACUGGAGGAGCGUAAUUUGCCGAUAAGCUGGCAAAAGGCGGAUCUGCAGGCACGAUUACGUGAAGCAAUGGAAGCGGAUGGAAUUAAUGUGGACGAGUUCGAAUUUGUUGGGCCAGAAACUUCUACAAAGGUAGAAGAAAAAGUAGAAGAACAACGAACAUCAUCGAGUGUGGACAUGAACAUGCUGUUAGUGGCUAUACAGAAAAUAGCUGAAAAUACAGAAAAUGCAGUGCAAACAGGAAAUCGUCUGGCACAGCAAAUAGCUGAAAAUGCAGAAAAGGCAGUGCAAACAGAAAAUCGUCUGGCACAGCAAAUAGCUGAAAAUACAUCACAAAUAGCAGACAAUGCAGUGCAAACCGAAAAUCGUCUGGCACAGCAAAUAGCUGAAAAUACAUCACAGUUAGAGUCUCGCCUUACACAACAACAUCGUUUAGUACAACAGAUUACGGAAAAUACUACACAACUACAAAAACAAGUGCAAGAGAAAUUUUCAAAAUUUGAAGACGAAUUAAGCACUUUAAAAAAUGACGAAGAAAAUUUAAAAGCAGAAGUUCUUCAAUUAAGUAAUCGUGUGCAAGAACUGCAACUGCAUGGCCCUGCACCAUCAACAAAUAAUCAAAGAUUGAAGGCACCCACAUUCGAUGGAAGUAUUCCAUUUCAAAUUUUCAAACUUCAGUUUGAAAAGACAGCAAUGGCCAAUAACUGGAAUGCAGCGGACAAAGUAGCGUCCUUGUUUGUAUCAUUGAAAGGACCUGCGGCAGAAAUCCUUCAGACUAUUCCAGACUGUGAACGGGACAACUAUGAGGCAUUGAUGAGUGCGAUAGAAAGACGAUAUGGUAGUGAGCACCGGAAACAAAUAUACCAGAUCGAACUGCAAAAUAGGGGUCAGAAAAUGAACGAGUCAUUGCAAGAGUUCGCAACUGAAAUAGAACGACUGGCUCAUUUGGCAAAUGCAGAUGCACCUGUGGAUUACAUUGAGAGGGUAAAAAUUCAAUGUUUCAUAAAUGGAAUUCGUGAUGUGGACACCAAACGCGCCACAUAUGCAUUGCCAAAAAGAACGUUUGCUGAAACGGUUUCGCACGCUCUCACACAGGAAACAGCUUCGCUACUAUGUAAACCAGCACACAAAGUACAAAGAGUUGAAAUGGAACAACCAGCGCUGAUGGAAGAAAUAUUGAAGACUUUGAAGACAAUUGCUGCACAGCGAGUAAAUACAACAGGCAGAUGUUUCAACUGUGGAAAAGCGGGUCACUUUGCCCGAAAUUGCAAUAUAAAGGUAAACCCAUCAAAACGGAACCAACCAACAGAACACCGAAAGAGGAUUCACCACAAAAAUGCGGAUGCAUUAUCGCGUCGCCCUUGUCCACUGGAAUGUAAACAUUGCUCCAAAUCAGAAGGAAAAGAAGGUAUAAUCGACGUGCGAUUACUGAAUAUAGAACCUGAAGAUGAUUGGACUCCUCACCGCAUCAGAAUCAAUCAGCUGGAGGACCCUGAUCUUGCAAAGCUGGUAAUGGCCAAAGAAAAUGGGGUAUGACCACCAAAGGAACAAAUAAGUAGCGAGAGUCCAACUGCAAAAGCAUAUUGGGCCCAAUGGAACAGCAUAAACCUCGUUAAUGGAUACCUUCAUCGUACCUGGGAAAGCGAAGAUGGCAAACAGUCUCGUCUGCUGAUCAUAGUACCGAAGUCCAUGAUCCCGAAAGUAUUGAAAGAAUAUCACAAUGGACCUAGUGGAGGGCACCUUGGAAUUACAAAAACUAUAGAGAAGAUUAAACAACGGUUCUACUGGAUCGGUUGUCGAGACUCCAUAGCAGAAUGGAUAAGUAAUUGCGUAGAGUGCAUGGCAGCUAAAGGUCCUAAAGCCAAAAGUCGCGGUAGGCUCCAACAGUACAACGUGGGAUCACCAUUUGAACGAGUCGCAAUGGAUGUUGCAGGUCCGUUCCCAACCAGUACGGCCGGAAACAAAUAUCUACUGGUUGUCAUGGAUUAUUUCAGUAAAUGGCCAGAAGUAUAUGCCUUACCAAACCAAGAAGCGAAGACAGUAGCCGAAGCGUUUGUAGAAAAUUGGAUAACAAGGUUCGGAGUGCCCAUCGAAUUACACUCAGAUCAAGGCAGGAAUUUCGAAUCUUCCAUUUUCCAAGAAGUCUGUACAUUAUUGGGCAUCCACAAGACACGGACAACAGCGUUACAUCCACAAUCAGAUGGAAUGGUGGAGAGAUUCAACCGAACGCUCGAAGAACAUAUGCGGAAAAUCGUUGAUAAAGAUCAACGGAAUUGGGACAAGUGCAUCCAGAUGUUCCUGCUGGCGUAUCGUUCAGCGAAGCACGAGACAACUGGUUACACGCCAGCAAAGAUUAUUUUUGGAUCUGAUCUGCGACUCCCUACUGAUCUUAAGUUUGGAACGAAUCCCAUAGCUGUAAGAAAUGAUGGAGAUUAUUGUUCUGCCUUAAAGGAAGAAAUGAAUGAAUUGCAUCUAAUGGUAAGACAGCAUACGCAUCUGAUGAGCAAUAAGAUGAAGGAUCGGUUCGAUCAAGCGGCAAAUUCAAAAGGUUUUGAAGAAGGUGAUCUGGUCCUGUUGUACAAUCCACUUCGAAAGAAAGGCUUGUCCACGAAACUGCAGACAGCCUGGGAAGGACCCUAUAUGGUGAUGAAACGACUUAAUGACGUGGUAUACCGCAUACAAAGAAAUGGAAAAGCACGAUGUAAAAUGAAAGUAGUAUAUUUGGAGAGGCUCGCCCCAUUUGGUUCAAGAGGAUUUGUGCCUAAUCGGGACGAUUAGGCUUUAGUGGAGGGCAGUGUUACAAAAGUAGUAUUAAGUUGUAUUUGUAUUACUAUAUGCAUCCCUGAUUAUGAACAAUAGCUGUAGGUAUACGGAAUAGCAUUUGUCUUGUUGUAGACAUCUGGCGCCACGGCUGUCUGCUUGUCGAAACAAUAGACAUCUGGCGCCGCACUGUCUGCUUGUCUAGUUAAACAAUUGCUGAGUCUGGCGCCGCGACUGUCUGCUUGCGUCUGGCGCCGUAUAGCCGUAUGUUCUGGUAAUUUCCAGACACGAUAUUCUAGAAGGACACGUCGGCAUCAGCGAGAAGCCGUGGCAGCGCCAACGUAAUAAUCAGUGCUAAGAGUAAACUGCUAUAGUGUAGACGAGUUGUGAAAUAAAGAGUUGUUGAAUUAAAUUAAACGGUGUUGGUUUUAUUUGUCAAUCCAGAGAUACGAACCUAACAAAGUAAACUAGCAAGAGUAAAUUCGUAACAAUAUUAUAUGAACAUAAAUGUGUAUGAUUGCGUCUAGCUUGCUUUUGGAUAAAAUCCAUCUGAAGUUCGAAUAUAUUUUCUUAUCACCAGGACACACUAUUACCAAGUAAAAACGUUCUCAAAGUUUCGUUGUUAUAUCUCAUAAAUAUUUUCGUUCAAAAGUGGGUCGCAGGCACUCAGGCCACAUAUCGUCACCUGAAAUGCAAAAUAACGUAACAACAUCUUCGGAAAU